CGCGUUAUGGUGGGUCCAACUUGAAAUUUUCUUCUUCUUCGCUUUGUUUCUCCACUAAUCUUCUUUCUUUCUUCUCUUUUCUAGAAAUGGUUAUUUACAGAUUAUUCAAUUAAUUUAUCUCUCUCUUUCUCUCUGCUUCGGGCGGUUACAUAAAUGGCAUCUCUCCACAUGAGGAGUUAGUCGUGCGAGGAUCUCUCUUUCUCUUGUAUCUUGUGUAUCUCUGAUCACUGAGCCAUGUCUCCUAGCCAGCUCGGCCGUACUGAUCCCUUAGGAAAUGGAGAUGCAAGUAUUUCACGGUUACAACCAGAGAACGGUUUUGUUGAUUCCCUUUCUCUCUUCCAUUCUGAGAAGGCAGUUCAAGAAAUUCUUCAACAGACUCCUGUUCAUCGGACUGAUGACCAUCUUAUAGAAUUUUCAGAGGCACUAAGAACUGUUGCAAAGGCGCUAAGACGAUCUGCAGAAGCAAAGGCUUCUGCUCAAGCUGAGGCUGCUGAAUGGAAGCGUAGAUAUGAAUUGGAGAGGGAACGGAACCUGCAAUUAAAGAAUAAAGGUUUCUAAUAAUUUUAAUGACAUGCACAAACUAUGACAUGGGUUUUCUGCGCUAGCUAGUUAGUUUUUGUUUGUUGAUAAUGGAAAUUUCAAGCUUUAGCAUAAAAAGGAAUAUGGAGUUUGCUUAACCA